UUUUAUAAGUCAGAGCAUCAUCAACUUACUAAAUAUACUUAGAUGUCGUACCUGCGAUCUCUUUUUCAUAUUUCGUAAAAUAACCAAACACGAUAUUUGUACCGUUCGUAUGUGAGGAGUUCUGUUGUUUAUCUCCGAAAGUAUUUAUCAAAUCUAUAUGGGACCAUCUCGAUAACAAAUUCUUUUAAACAAAGAAUCAUCAAAUUCAAUUCACCCAGUCGAAAGUUUAAAGAGGUAACCAAAAUAAAAAAAUACAGUCGAAUUGAGAACCUGUUUCCUCCUUUUUUGGAAGUCGGUUGAAAACCAGAUGGUUACUUCAAAUAUGGAACACAAUAAACAUUGAUUGAAUUCUAAUAAAAAUAGAUCUUUUGAGUUUUCGACUUCAGGUAGGGUGGUGUAGCAACAAAUUGGCAAGCAAGGGUAUCUUUAAAUAAAACCACGCUCGAGAAAAACUAGCGAAUGACAGCCCUUAUCUGGAAAAAUGAAAAACAAGGCAGCGCGUCUGACUCGGUCAACGUUCGCGUGCAUCGCAAAACACGAGGCGCAGAACUUCGCAGUUUCUUAGUUUGUUUUGAUGCGUCCGUCGGGACGCACGCGCGCCCCCGCUGAAACUGAACAAAGACGUGACAGCAGACGCUUUAAAUACCUUUUUCAGUUCGAAAUUCAAACGUUUCAUAAAAGUUCCACUAAACGUUCCCGACACGGUGAUACCGCUAUCUGUGCAGCCGCAGUCUGAUAAAAAAAGUAAAUUCAAAUCACCCGCGUUCGAACGUAAACAAAGGAGAUUGUGAUCGCGAAUUUCACAUUUCGGUAAUCGUGGUAUAUAAUACAGUGUUGUGAAAAUUUUGGCUUUCGACCAGAAAAAAAAAACUCUUUCAAAGUACUUCAUAUUAAAGUGAAUCAGUGAAAAUAUGUUUCUAAAAAUGUUUUGGAUUUCGGCAAAUGUGUACCAGCGCGUCGUGUACAAGUGACAUUUUAUCAAGAUGUCACCCGUAAAACGAAAAAGAAGGAUAGACGAAGAGGUCACAUUUAAAUUUAAAUGCGCAAGGACUCAAAUAUCAUAGCUAAGUGCUUAAAACCUUCUUAAAGGGUGCAUAUUUAUUGAUCUCACAGUAUUUUAUAGUGCUCAACGUAAUAAAUAAGUUUAUCAAAAACAAAAGAGACUGAAUCGCAACGCCUAGACUGUACACACACGCUUUCUAUUGAAAUAAAAAAAAUAACAAUGAUCGCUUUGAAGAAACUCUAUGGGGACGAGCUGUUGCGACUCGCACUAGUCUUGAGCUUGCUUAAAGCGAAUCCUAACGACUAUUUGGAGGGAGAGACUCAACAACUGAUCGCGGGCCUUCACAUAUCCAACGGCUCCGAUUGGUCAUUAGAACAGGAAGCUAGAACGCUUAUAAGACCUAGGUUCGUCCACCCCAAAUCCCUGGACAACAUCCUCAUAAACUACGAGAGAGAACUCUUUGAAGAGUUGAACUCUUUAGGACGCUACGCAAACCCACGUGUAGAAAACAAUGAACGGAUAUGGCACAGCAGGGGACCUAUACUUCAUACAUAUUUACUGAAUAAUGUGGCGACUGACACAGUCGCACCGGCGCUGGCAGUCCCGGCGGUUGAUAACACCGAGCAGGAUGGCGUUUCGGCUGACGAAAAUGUCGCGCAAGAGGUUAAAGUGAUAGACGAGGAGGAAUCCCAGCAAGAGAGCAUUGGUUCUCCUCAACCGGACGCAGUGGUGACACUGUCAGCUGACUUCCUGAACAACCACACGGAAUCCGACAUAUUCGCCGAGAUAGCUUCAAGGUCUUUCGAUGUAAACGAAUUCCUUGUUGAACCGAAUGAUAUGCAGAUCAAGAAGGAACCCCAGGAUGAGGGUUUCAACGAGGUCACAGUUAAAAAGGAGCAACACACCGAGGAUUUGUACAGCGACAACGCCAUCGACGACUACGUGCCUUAUUUCACAGCAAAAGCAGAGAAAUUCGAAAUUGGAGAAUCGAAUUCGGUGUUCAAUCAAAACUUGGCUGACUUGCAAGACUAUGAGGAGCUGUUUGACGAUGUCAAAGAGCUCAGGAGUGAAUUGGAGUUCUUAGACAUGAAGCAGCAGCAGGAAGACUUGGAGCAAUACCUUUUGGAAAACACUCCUUUAGAGAUAGAUCCCGAAGUUUAUGAGUUGGCGCCCAUAUUUGAAGAGGAACUGGUUUUGGACGUGAAGAGAGAAAGAGCAAGCACUAGUUUUACGUCCGCCAGUUCUAGCGGUGUCAGUGAUAUGGAUUCGGCUUCGGUGAAGGAUAUCAAGUCUGAGGUCGAUGAGGACCAUCAUACUGGCGACGAGCUGACGCAAGAAGACAUGGACCUCAUCGAGGUGUUGUGGAAGCAGGAUGUCGACAUGGGCUUUUGCCUCGAGGACCCCGUCCAGAUGGAGGGUCCUCAAGCUACCAAGGUGACGGGAGAAGCGAUGGAGAAAAACGAGAAACUCUCAGAAACCAUCCAGAAGAAAAAAGAAGAAGCAGAAAGCAUAGAGAAGGUGAAAGCUUCGCUACUCGAUCCGGAAGCUAAAGAGGACGAUCCUUGGGCUGGGCUUUCCUACACCGUUGAUACUGAGACAGGUGAAUACGUGAUCCAGGGUGAGCUUCCGAGCGAGCUGGUCACCUCCGAGGAGUCGCGGUUCGACCUCCUCGAGGAAGCUCUCCAGCUGGUCGAGUUAGGAGACGAGGCUGAAGUCAAGGAUGACCAACCUGAGGCGGUAGAGGGCAGCAGCAGCGGCGGCGAAAUGCUGCACCCGGCGAUGCGGCAUGUGCCGCACCACCCGCUGGCGCACUACCACAACCAGUCGUUGAUGCGCUCCAUGUCGGUGGAGCAGCGCUGGCAGGACCUGGCCUCCCUGCUGACAAUCCCGCCGCCCCCGGAGCAAUACCACCCGCACCACCAUCAUCCGCCCCCGCCCCCGCCCCCACACAAUAUGAGCGCCCAUGGUGCAGUCGGGGGCUACGCCCCGAACUACCACCAUACUCAUCAUCUGCCAUCAGUUCCUGAGAAGCACCCUGAUCACUAUGCGGGAGCCGCGGCUCCCCUGGAGGGUGCCUACAAGGUGGAAUCUGCCCAUCAUCCCCAGCAACAUGAGCCUAUCUACUAUCAGAACUCUACCAGCGAGAUGGCGCCACCGGCGCCCCAAGAUGGCUUCCUGCAGUCCAUUCUCAACGAUGAGGACUUGCAGCUCAUGGACAUGGCGAUGAACGAAGGGAUGUAUACCAUGCGUAUGCUGGAUGGAGCAGCGGCGCCCCAUCACAAUCACACCCAUAUGAUGAUGACGGCAGAGCGCGACUCUGCAUCUGAUAGCGCUGUUUCGUCCAUGGGUUCAGAAAGGGUUCCGUCGCUUUCCGACGGCGAAUGGUGCGACGGCAAUGACUCGGCACAGGAAUUCCACAGCUCCAAAUUUCGGCCUUACGAAGCCGCCUACGGCAGAGACAGGAGCGCCCCCCAUCAGCCUCAGAAGAAACAUCAUAUGUUCGGGAAAAGGUGCUUCCAGGAGCAAACCCCGCCCCAAUUGGAACCCUUACCGCCACGCCCCAACCCGCCUGUCGUCAAAUACGAGUGCCCUGAACAAACUUACCACCACGACCCAAUGCAGAUGCACCCUGAUUUCGGUGGACGCCCGAUAGUCGGUGGGCCGGGCGUGUUGCAGCCGGCCUUGGAUCUGAACGCGCCACACUCUAGCCAUGCGUUACUACAGGGCGGUAUAUCUGGUCGCGCGGGCCCCGUGGUGCGACACAACCACACGUACGCCGCGCCGCCCGCCCCGCCGCACCACCCGCACCACCGCCCCGCCGCCGCGCGGGACAAGAGGGUUCGUCGUAUGACAGAUGGCAGCAUGUCAGAUGGCGGUUCUUCUACUAGCGGUGGUCACAUGACCAGAGACGAGAAGAGGGCCAAGGCGCUGGGUGAGUGGAAACAGAGAAAUGUUGUCUAUGCUCUAGAGAAACACGGUAUACCACUGGAAGUGCAUGAUAUAAUAAACUUGCCUAUGGAUGAAUUCAAUGAGAGACUUUCAAAGCACGACUUGAGCGAGGCGCAGUUGUCUCUCAUAAGGGACAUCAGGAGACGCGGAAAGAACAAGGUGGCAGCACAGAACUGUCGCAAGCGUAAACUCGAUCAGAUCACGUCUUUAGCGGACGAAGUGCGCACCGUACGCGACAGGAAGCAACGAACGCAGCGAGACCAUCACACCCUAUUGGCUGAUAGGCAACGAGUCAAGGAGAGAUUCGCGGCUUUAUACAGACACGUUUUCCAGAAUCUUCGCGACCCAGAAGGAAGGCCGUUGUCGUCGCAGCAGUAUUCUCUACAGCAGGCGGCAGAUGGCAGCGUCGUAUUGGUUCCCAAGAUGCCGCACAAUGAUCAUUCAAUGAACAGAACAUCUGACGACGACAUGGACAGAAAAACUAAAAACUACGAACAGUGACAAAUGCAUUGGUAAAUGUUGCCAGGAAGAAAAUAACCAGAGACAAUCCUGUUUUUUUUAAAUAUACGUUACUAAAAAUAGUUUUUUAGAAAAACCGAUCAAGUCACCAUCCUUUGAUAUCAAGAAAUACUUACAAUUCUAUUUCACAUAGCUAUUUCUUGAUUAAAGAUGUUUUCAAUAGUUUAUUAAGUAAAAAUAUAGCUUAUACUUAUUCUGUACUAAGUAAAGCUUAAAGAUCUAAACAUUCUUUGUCUUUGUCACACUACUUUUGUAUGAAGGAGAUACCUAUCUAAUACGAGAUAAGAAUUCACAUAACCGUUUAUGUAAUUUUUACCAAAUGUGAAUACUGAAUGUCGCAAAUAUAUUAUUAUUUUUUACAAAAAUGAAAAAAUGCGAAAUGAAAAAAAAUAUCUCAUAAAAAAUAAUAUGUGAUAGAAAAAAAAUAUUCCAUUUUCAAUUAGUGUCUAUAUAGUUAUGGUUUUGUAUAAUGUGCUGUGCUAUGCAAGAUGUCUUGCCUGAAUACACAAGUUUUAUUUUGUAGCGGCAACAUUUUAACGCAUAGUAAGUGUCCUCACUUAUAUUCUGGCAAUACCGGGAAAUUAUCGUCUGUAUUUUUUUUUUCAUAUGAUAACACCUGCUAUGGUAUUGCUGUCUUACUAAUAAAUAUUGUUCAUUGUAAAAUAACCAUUUAUUUUCACUGAGCUAUUAAAUAUAAUUUAAAAUGGUACAUAAUAUUUUGUUAAUAGGGAGCGGAAAACAUUUUUAGUUUUAUGUAGAUAAAUUUAUGUAGUUAAGGCACUACUGUCGCUGUAACGCAUACUCUAUGGUGUAAAAUUUAUGCGAAUCUUUUGUCUAUGCCAGAAACGACUGAUCAACUAAUAAAAAACGAUUAAAAAGAAAAUAUUAAAAAAAAUAACAUAGAUUAAAAAUAUGUGAUGUCUGUGACAUCGUUUCGAUGCAAUAAGUAAUUUUAAACGAUUUUAACACUUUGUAAUAUAUUUUUCUUCACAUUUUUUUUUACUUUUAAGCAUCUAUCGUUAAGGUUGUUUAUUUAUGUAUAUUUAAUAUAAGGUUGUUAUUGUAUUUCUUUUUUUAUUGUUUUAUACAUACAGAAAAACAUCAGAAAAAGGAUAAUCGUAUAUAUAAUUAUAUUGCAAUGGCGUCCCUAAAAUGUAUGAAUUUUAAGUGGGUGAGUGUAUGGUGUGUUAUAGGCAGUCCCUGCUAUAGAAAUAAAACAUUGUAUUUAUUAACUUUUUCUUUAAACAUACUAUUUAUUUUUGUAUUAUUGAAAAGUUCAUCAUGUAGGUACCAUUUAUACAAACGAACAACCUUUUGUUACAUUCACUGGGUUGCCAUUGUAACAUAUUUGAAAUAUCACAAAAUAUUUUCCAUUCGAACGCCUUUCGUCCCAACAGUUUGGAAUUUGUUUGUUCGUUGUGCAUAUUAUGUAGCUUUUUUUUAUAUAAUAUGCUGUUAUCCAGUUUUUUAUUCUACAAAAGCUCGUUCAAUCUUUUCAUGUACCGUUAUGAGUAUAUAAACUUAGAAUAUACGAUGUGGUACGAAAACGGAUAGUGGAUACGAAAACGGAUAGUGGGUGCAAAGAGAGGGGCAAAUGAGGAAUACAAGUGAUUUUUCUAGACGCAACAAGUACAAAGUGUAGAAUUCUCAAUAAUUUUUUUUCUACUAAUUGCAAAGUAUAAUUAUAUAUUGUACUGGAACUAAUGUUAUUGCGUUUGAUUCUACAAUGUUACAUUUGUUUGCAAGCAAAAUACCAGUUUUUACUUAUAAUUUGUAGGCAAAAUGGAGAUGAUUAUGAAAAAAAGCGUAGAUCAUUUUUAAAAAGAUCAGGUUAAUUUAAUUUUUUAUUUUUAUGUAAUUGAACCGUGUUAUGCAAUAAUGAUCUAUGCAGCACCUUACUUGAAAACUACACUUUUGUUUUCUUAAAUGAAAUUGUUUUUUUUUUUUGUAUUUUUCAUUUCUGCGUAACACGGGCCAACUAACUGAUCUUUUAUAAGUUCUUCUACGUUGUAAGUAUAUAAAAUAAGUUAAAUGUAGUUUUUGGUGAGCGGAGAGAAACGCUUUUUUAAAGACAACAACUAUGAUGUCCUAUGAAAAAGAAUAUAAUAAAAACGUGUAUAAAAAGUA